CGGAUGAGAAUUGAAUUUUCCGGUUCACAUCACGCGCGCGGCCCAUCGACACGUUCGAGUUCAUCACCGUUCCCGGCCGACGACACUAAAGUCUGCACGGUUUCGCUGGCCUCAGUCUCACGCCACACGCGUUUCUAACUCGUCGCGUGUUCCUACCUCGGGUUGAUUAUGAUAUUUUUCCAGUGCACCGACAAUUGGUUCGUCAGCUUUCUAUGUCUGUGUGGUUGUCUUAAGUGACAAUAUACUCAUAAAUAAUAACAUAAUAAAUACGUCAAAUUGUUGUUAUAACUUUACAUGGGUGCAUACGACCGGCCUGUGACACUCGCAACUAACGCAUUAAGUUUACAAUACAUUUUUCUGUGAAGCUUUUAGUUCACAUUGCAGCCGACGAGAAACCGUGGAUUAUUCUUACAACGGCUAUGAAAACCGACAAGGUUUAAUCGUAAUAACAUGUCAAGUUGAAAAACGGCAAAUGAUGUCAUCGACCGAGGACGAAAUAUGGUUGUCUAUCGGAAUGGUUGGAAAAUAUAUUGGUUGUCAGUAGUGAUAUUAGUGCAGUUUUCUGCAGCCAAUAAGCCUCCACAAUUUGUUACUGAUUGGCAAACCGAAAUUAUUGUUCGGCUGAAAGAGGGUCCCGAGACUCCUAUUGGAAGUCUAAUUUAUCGGGUUCGUGGUAUUGAUCCCGAUGCUGACAAAUUAAUAUUUGGUGUACGAGAACCAGGUGAUAAAGUUAUUAGAGUUGAAAACUUUGGUAGAAGUGAAGCUAAUAUUUAUUUGAAAAUUGAAUUAGAUCGUGAGACAAAAGAUGAAUAUUCACUAGUGUUGACAUUGACUGAUGGUCACUUGGGAGAUGGAAAUUUUAUUACUCAGAGUUUUUUAUUAAUUGUGGAUGACAUAAAUGACAAUGCUCCUAUAUUUAAGCCAUAUCAAAACACAAUAUUUGUCCCAGAGGACAGUCCGCCCACAGUGAUUGCAACGGUUGAGGCCACCGAUGCAGAUGAAGGACCAUAUGGACAGGUGGUUUACCAUAUACAAGACUCGGACUCAAUAGAAAGUAGAUUAUUUUCUAUAUCUACAGUUAAUGGCCAAGGCGUAAUACGCCUUGUGGGAAGUUUGGACUAUGAAAAAACAUCGCUGCAUCAAUUGAAAAUCUUGGCUGUUGAUCGUGCAACCGUUGAGAAGAGAAAAACUGGUACAGCUGCCAUAUUUGUGAAAGUACAAGAUGUUGAAGAUCAACCUCCCGAGUUCAUUGUUGUUACACCAGUGGCAAGAGUAAGCGAAGAUGCGCCACCAGGGACAUCAAUAAUUCAAGUGAAAGCAAUUGAUGGAGAUCGUGGUAUAGAUAACCGUAUUGUGUAUUCAAUUACUCGUGGGGGCAAUGGAAUGUUACAAGUUGAACCAAAUUCUGGUAUUGUCUACACAACGAACAUUUUGGAUCGGGAGGAUCCACUUAUUAUUAAAACUGGUGCCAUUAUUAUUGAGAUUAUGGCCACUGAAGAAUCGAAGAACGUGUUUCCUAAUCCAUCAACAAAAACGGAAGUCACCGUAAUCGUUACAGACGUAAAUGAUGAAACACCAACAUUUCGUAGUCCUCAAUACAUUGCCGAAGUUAACGAAAAUUCCCAACAAAAUACUCCUGUGAAUUUUAUUGGAGACUCAAUUCCCCAAGUUUAUGAUUACGAUCAAGGUAAAAAUGGAACUUUUCGUUUACGAAUUCAACAAGGACGAAUUGGAUACUUCGAUAUUACACCUUCCGAAGGUAUAAAUGAAGCAUCAUUUCUAAUCCGCGUGAAUAGGACAGCAGAUUUAGACUACGAACUUGUUAAAGUUAUUAACUUUACAAUCGUUGCCAUUGAAACAAUAGCUAAAAAUCCUAAAUAUAGUAUUGUUCCCGUUUCUGUUUACAUUCGAGAUGUUAACGAUAACUACCCAGAGUUUUCACGUCCUAUUUAUGAAGUUUUUGUUUCUGAAAAUUCUGUAUCUGGUAAAACUAUAGGGAAAGUUGAAGCCACUGACAAAGAUUCUGGUUUCUUUGGAACAAAUGGUAUACGAUAUACCAGUAUAAGAGGAAGUUGCGCUGAUUUUUUGAAGUUAAAUGCAGAAUCUGGAGAAAUUAUAAUAAAAUCUGAUAGACCUGUAUUUGAUCGAGAACAAAUAUCCAAACACUUUUUAACAAUUGAAGCACGGGAUGAUUUAGGUUUAGGAAAUAGGAAUUCUGUUCAGUUAAUUAUUAACGUAGAAGAUGUUAAUGAUAACUCGCCACGAUUUCUUUCUUCAAAAUAUGAAACACGACUUAAAGAAAAUCAUCUGCUUUUUGAAUCUCCAGUCACUGUGGAAGCAAGAGAUUUAGAUUUAAAUGGUACAAAAAAUUCGGAAAUAUCGUAUCGCAUAUUGCAUUCCGACUAUCCAGUUGAUUGUUUUUCAAUUGACUCCGUUACUGGUGUUCUAAAACCGAUAAGGCCAGUAGACUUUGAAAAACUACAAAAUCGGAAAAGUACUAACAGUAUUAACGGAAAUCUUAGACCAAUCAACUUAGUGAUCCAAGCUCAAGAUCAUGGUUUGCCAUCCUUAUCCGAUGAAACUCAUGUAAUUGUAUACGUAGAAGACGUAAACGACUUUGGACCAAAAUUUGAAAGCAGUAGUUAUGAAACAAUCAUUUCUGAAGAUUUAGUUGGUGGCAGCACUGUGUUAGAGGUAAAUGCUUGGGAUGAAGACGGAUCUUCUCCAAACAACAUUGUAGUAUAUAGACUUAGCAGUGGAGCAGAAGAUAAAUUUGUGAUCGAUGCAUAUUCAGGAGUAAUUAAAGUUGCACAUGGUGCAUCUUUGGACCCAGACAAGACUCAACCAAAGACAUAUGCAUAUUAUUUAGAAGUUGUGGCAAUUGAUGGUGGGAUUGGUGAUCAACAACUCAGUAGUGUUGUAAAUGUAACCAUUAAAAUUCAAGAUGUAAAUAAUAAACCCCCAUUUUUCAAAGAAAUGGAACCAGUCCACGUGAAUGAAAACGAGUUGGUUGGUAGCGUAAUUACAAAAAUUGAAGCAGAAGAUCCAGAUGCAAAACCUGUGUUGAGAUAUAAAAUUGAUAUAAACGCUUCUGAAGCUAGAAAUGAAGAUGGAGUGAUUAUUAGACCUACAGAUUAUGAUUGGCCAUCGGCAUUUGCUCUAAAUCCCGUAGAUGGUUAUCUAAGAGUGGGUAAGUUGUUGGACAGAGAAAAAGUUGAAACUAUCCGGUUGGCACUUGUCGUCGAAGACAUUGCUGCAGUUAAUGGCAAACAAAUUGUUCAAACUAUUUUAAUUGUUCAUGUCGAUGACGAAAACGAUAAUGACCCAGUGUUCCGUCAAAAGUUUUAUAAAAGAACUGUAAUGGAAAACAGUCAACCUGGUGUACCUAUCAUUACCGUAAUGGCAGACGAUGCCGAUAAAAACAGAACAAUUCAUUAUUCGAUAGAAGAAUCAUCAAUAGAUGCUACAGAUUUAAUUAGACUUGAUCCUGAGUCUGGGGAAAUUGUCGUGGCUGGUCGUAUCGAUCACGAGCAAGUUCAUUGGAUAAAUGUUAGUGUCCGAGCAUCAGACAGUGGAAUUCCAGCUCGAUAUUCGUUUGCAGACGUAAUUUUACGUGUAAUUGAUGAAAACGACAACAAUCCAUAUUUUAUUGAAGAUACACCUACCAACAUUACUAUUCCAGAAAAUACUCCUAUCGGGUCAUCGAUAGCGAUAAUUACAGCAAUGGAUGCAGAUUCUGGCGAUUACGGUAAAAUUACAUACUUGUUGGAUCGUCUAUCAUCGCAGGGAAAAUUCACAAUUGAUACAAAUAACGGAGUAUUGAAAGUAGCCGAUACGUUGGAUAGAGAACAAACGAGUACCUAUAAUUUAAUUGUCGAAGCAUGGGAUAAUUAUCAGUUCGGAUACGUUUCCGGCGAAAGUCGGAACGCCUUCAAACAAAUUAUGGUGAUGGUCUCCGAUAUAAACGACAACGCUCCAUUGUUCGACCAUUUACCUUCUGAAUGUGUCAUUGUCACCGAGUUUCAUACUGUUGGUGAUAUGAUUUUAUUAAUAAAAGCUACAGAUGCAGACGAUCCAACCACAGUUAAUGGUCGAAUAAUGUUUUCUAUCGAGGAUGGGAAUGAAAGAGAGUUAUUCGGUUUACAUAACGUUGAUUAUUGGUCGGGUCGUUUGUAUACAACGUCGUCGUUGAAAAACCUAUAUGGAAAUUAUAGUCUUCUCAUUCGAGCACAGGAUGGCGGUGAUCCUCAAAAGUCAAGCUUAACCACUGUAAACGUUUGUGUCACAGACGUCAAUGAUAAUGCUCCCCGUUUCGUGUCACCCCCAUACAAUGUAACUGUUAGGUUACUUCAAAAUAUGACAAUUGGAAGCCCAGUAAUUACAGUUAAAGCUAUUGAUGACGAUGUCGGUCAAAAUGCAGAAGUAAGGUAUCGUUUCAAACAGGAUCUAAUGGGUGAUUGGAAGACAUUUUUGGUAGAUGAGAUUACUGGCUUAAUCACAUUAAAAAAAUCAUUGAACAAAGAAAUCCAAAAAAUUUAUCAGAUUCGCAUAGAGGCUUAUGAUCUUGGUAUACCAACACCUCUAUCGUCUGAUUUAGAACUCACAAUUCACGUGCGCAGUACUAAUGACUUCCAACCUAGAUUCUUAAUUAACGAGAUCACUGUCAAUUUUACUGAACACCGCGAACCAGGAUCUGAAUAUUGGCAGCUUAUUGAUACAGUUGAUAGAGAAGAGUUAAAUGAUUUAGAAAAAACACCACCACCGGUUUGCUACUAUGUGAUUUCUGGAAACGAUGAAAACCGAUUUAUUGUUGAACCUCUUAACCAUAGAAUUUCUGUUGCUAAUGAACUUGAUCGUGAAGUUAAAGAAACGUAUGAAUUACUUGUGAAAGCCAGUGAGGAUUGUUUGCAUUCUCCACCACCUAGUCGUGAUUUUAUUCAAGAAGAUGAUAGUUUACUCAAAGUUUUGGUUUUCGUUAAUGAUAUAAAUGACCACGCGCCAGAAUUUGUGAAAAGAGUAUUUACUGGUGGCGUAACUACAGAAGCAGAUUUUGGUGCAGAGUUUAUGCAAAUAAAGGCGAUCGAUGCGGAUAAAGGGAACAAUGCAGAAUUGUCAUAUUAUAUAGUUCCUGGUUCCUUGGAAGUAUCACUAGCAGAAGGUUUAGAUAGUAUACAAUAUCCCCCAUUUUUGGUGGACAUUGCUACGGGAAUGAUAUAUUUAAAUUUUGAUCCUCAAAAGGGAAUGAAAGGUUACUUUGAUUUCCAAGUAGUGGUUAAUGAUACUGGUGGGUUAUAUGAUACGGCACGAGUACUUAUUUAUUUAUUGCGCGAAGACCAAAGGGUCAGAUUUGUUGUUCGACAAAAUCCAUCGCAGCUACGGGAGAAAGUUGAAAUAUUUAGAGAAAUUUUAGGAAACGUUACUGGAGCUAUAGUAAACGUUGACGAAUACAAAGUUCACGAAACCCAUGACGGCAGAGUAGACAAAACAAGAUCGGACAUGUACCUACAUUUUGUCAAUCAUAACGAUAAUUCCAUUAUGGAAGUUCCACAUGUGUUGCGGAUUAUAGAUGAAAACAUCGAGCAUCUAGAUUCUUUAUUUAAAGAGUUCAACGUACUCGAUACACAAGCAGCUGAGCCGGAACCAUUGCGUCGAGCUUCAAUGAAAGACGACAAUGUGAUUUGGAUGUGGUUGGUCGGUACCACUUUUUUCUUGGGAUUACUAUUAAUAGUCGUCGUGUCUAUUUGCUUGUCGCAACGUUCAAACUAUCGUAGACAACUCAAAGCGGCCACUAUAAAUGCAUUUGAUCCUAGAACACCUGAUCAUAUUAGUUCAGCUGCAAUUGGUGGGCGCGUACCAAAUACGAACAUGCACAGUGUGGCAGGAUCAAAUCCUAUGUGGAUGCAGGCGUAUGAAAAUGAGUGGUAUAAAGAUAGAGAAACUUUAAGUCAAACGUCGGAACGUGACUCUUUGGACGACAAUACCACUACCAGUACAACGUCGCCUCAGCCAAUAGAGCGGUCAACGACUACAUUAUUUAUCAAAAAAUUUUGAAUUGAUUUUGGGUUGCAGUAACGAGUGUAACAUACACACUGACAGCACUGACGACUACUACGAACGGACAAGAAUUACAGUGAAGAACCUGGAAACUACAGAGUUAUGACAUUCGGUUGAACUAGUAUGAUAAGGUAACUGCAGUUAAGGAACAACCAAGUUCCUCCACGCUCAAUAAUUGGCGACUGGGUCGAAGAAUAAACCAACAACGACUAGCGAUAAUUUUAUUAUUUUUAUUUUUACAUUAUAUACCUGAUAUAUAAAAUAUAAAUUUAGUAUUUUAAGGCUGACUACAGAUCUUUAUACUGUAUUUAAUAGAACGGAUGAACUGCAAUAUUGUUGGAUGAUAACAUUGUAUACAAUCUUAAAAGAAGAUGUUGAAUCGACAAAAUAAUAUAUCCUCUUAAUAGAACUAGUAGUUUAGGUUCAAUUCUAUGAUACCGUUUGACUAUUUGUUUCCAUACAAACCCCAUUACAGUACCAAUAUAAUUACCAACUACUUUUUUUUUAGUUUUCAUUGAUAUCUGAUACUAAGAUGAUUGCAAAUGGUCAAUAUUAGAUACUUAUAUUACCAAACCAAAAUGCACCCAUCUUUUUCCAAUCCUUCCGAUGGAUCUAAUCAUACGAUUUAUUUUUGAAAAUUGAUAUGAGUUGUUCAUUAUAACUAAUUGAGAUAAAUCAAGAUCACGUUAUUAAACAUGAGCAUAAUUAUAAUAUAUUGUAUUCAUGCUCGAAACACCUAACCAUUAAGGAGUCUUGUACAUGCUUGUUCAGGAGCGUUCUACUAUUUGUUUCACACUACAACAGUAAUACACACUAUAAUGAUCACAUAUUACACACACAUUUACAAUUCACUACAUGCACUUAGAAAAUGCCUAUAUUGAACUCCUUAAAAAUUGUCUGUUUGUAGUCAUCCAUUCCUCCUAUAUCACAAACAGUUCAUUUUUAAGGAGUUCAAUAUAGGCAUUAUGAAAAAGAUAUUUAGUUUCUUUACAUUGUUCUCUUUAAUUUAAUUUACUUAAUCUUAUCUUAUUACCUUGAUAAUACUUUAAUAAAAAAAACUGUAGGGCGUUAUUGUAAUAAAAUAAAAUUGUCUUUCAUUAGGCAAUCGCUCGUUGUUAGUGUGUCACGAGUAGUGUUAGUAAACCGUUUAAACUAUAAAGUGUAGUUAAGUAUCAUUAGUAAAUAUAGCUAUUCACUUGUACUUGUGAUUUUACUAAUAUUUUUAUUACUAUCUUUACUUAUUUACAUGCGAGAUGCUAGUGCAACAGAUAAAUUUCAAGUUACAAUGAUAAGUACUCCAUAUUUUAUACUUGUAAGACAAGUGUGUGUUCCAGAAUGUGUAACUUCCACAUGCUACAAUAUGCACUUCCAUAUUCAUAGUCACUCGGAAGAACGUCGUUUUUUUGAUGAAAAUAUGAGUCUAAUCUAUCUAUCUAGUCUAUCUAUUUCCAUCUAUCAUGAAGUUUGAUCCAUUUUUUCGAUAAGACUUCUAAAAAAAAAUUUGAAUCCGUCAUUAAUUUUAAUGACUUUCCACUAUUUGUAUCUAUUUAUUUUAUAGCUUCAUACAUAAAUUCCACAAUAGUCCUAAUAAUUUUAAAUAAAAUAUAAGGAAGGUUGUUAUAAAUGUUAAAAUUUUAAAAAUUGAGAAAGCGCCUUUUAGAUAAAUCCAGAUAAACUUUAUAAGAAAUUCCGAUUAGGAGAGAUGUUAUCGAUUUAUUCGUUUAAUUGAUUUUAAUGUAUAACGGAUAACCAUAACAUUCGGGUCUACUAUAUAGUAUAUGUAAUAUGUAUUGAUAUAUAUUGUCCAUUUACAAUUCUUUUAAAUUAUGUUAAUUGAGUGCUGUAAUUUAAUUUACGAACAAUUUUACACCUUUAUGCAAUUUGCAUACUGAUAAUCUGGUGAGAAAUAGGUAAUCCCAAAUUUAAUUAAUAUAAUAUAAUGUUAAAGCAAUGUCCGCGUUUUAAUUUAACAACUUUUUAUUGUGACAAACCAUUUGAAGCCAUAAGCACAAUAGUAUUCUAAUCAUUAUAAUAUAAGCACGUUUGUCAUAAAUUACUAUUAUCUAUAUAGUUACUAGUAUCAGUAGUAUCUAUAAUAAUAUUAUAUUUUCAUUAUUCAAUAUACGCCAUGUGUUCAUGGGUGAAAAUUGGGUAAAAUUAUUGAGUAACGUCUCGUGCCUCAAACACGUAAACAGCACGUUUACAAUCUUAUAUUUAUUAUAAAAUGUAAUUUUAAAUUUAAAUUAUGUAUUUUAGUGACUUAACGUUCAUACUGAAUGUCUGUUUAAUAUAGUGUAAGACAUAAGAAUACAUAGUUUAGUAUAAAUAAUUUUUUUUAUUUAAUAUUACCUAUGAUUAAAUAAUUAAUUAUUAUUAUUUAUUUUAA